AGGUUGCACGACUGCCCUUUUUUAAGUUAUUAAUUAUUGAACACUGUGCUUAAAAAAAUGAGUGAGCGCAAAGUACGCAAAAAUCUGUUUAAACUUUAUUGAGCGGUUCGCGAGAUGUGAGUGAAUGUAUACCGUCAAUGAUCACGUAAGCUACUUAAAGAUAUAAUGGAGCAGUGCUUUCGAAGGUAGACAAAUGAUGAAUGAAAAUGUCCCCCAUUGUGGUUGUCACAAUGGAAGUUCAUUUCGUACCUUGGAGAGGCGAUUACGAUAUCAGCGGCGAUUGAGGAAUAUACAAAGGGUUUGCUGAUUACCAAAGCCGAAUUGAAUUUUAAACAAUCGGAGGCAACUCUUAAACAAUGUUAGUGAACGCGAUGGCUUCGUUUUCAACUACUUUAACAGCUAGCACGGCCACAAUACCGCUAGUAAUAAACGGUUUGCACAACUCCUCGCAAAUUCACAACCACAGCAACGCGACCAGCAUAGAAAACCCUCACCCGGAUUGGACGGAUUUAUUAAUAUUAAUCGUGAAGGGAUUUAUAUUUGUGACGAUAAUUUUAAGUGCGGUUUUAGGUAACGCUCUCGUUAUAAUUAGUGUGCACAGACAUCGUAAAUUACGGGUUAUAACAAAUUAUUACGUAGUUAGCCUAGCGAUGGCCGACAUGUUGGUCGCGCUUUGUGCAAUGACGUUUAACGCGAGUGUCGAAUUAACUGACGGAAAAUGGGUUUUCGGAUACUACAUGUGCGACGUCUGGAACUCGUUUGACGUCUACUUUUCGACGGCGUCGAUUCUCCAUUUGUGCUGCAUUAGUGUGGAUCGCUACUAUGCGAUCGUUAGGCCUUUAGAAUACCCAAUUACUAUGACGUCUAAAACGGUUAGUUUUAUGCUAGCGUGUUGCUGGGUUUUACCAGCGUUAAUGAGUUUCACGCCCAUUUUUUUGGGAUGGUAUACGACGGCGAAACAUGAACAGUUCAGACUGAAUAAUCCUCAUGUGUGCAUUUUCGUUGUGAAUAAGUACUACGCGAUUAUAAGCAGUUCGAUCAGUUUUUGGAUACCUGGUGUUGUUAUGGUUACGAUGUACUGUAGAAUAUACAAGGAGGCGAUACGACAAAGGAAAGCGCUCUCCAGAACGUCAUCAAAUAUAAUUUUGAACUCCAUUCAUCAGCAUAGAACUUCGACGUAUACGCAUCGGUACGGUGAGCAUUAUCUACACCCUUCGGACGGCGACGUUAACGUAGGUCAGAUUAACGGUCGACGGAGCACUAGCUCGGGCUCAUCGUCAUAUGGUACUAACACAACAGGAUACAAUACAGCUUACAACAGCAGAGAUAACAGUAAAGCAGCAACGGAGCUUAAUAUGAACGGUGUAGAAAUUACUGAUGAAGAAAAUGUGAACAGUACUUCGACCCUUAGACAACAGUCAAAAAGUUGGAGAGCAGAGCACAAGGCUGCAAGAACUCUAGGAAUAAUUAUGGGGGCAUUUAUGUUGUGUUGGCUACCUUUUUUUCUGUGGUAUGUAACGUCGACGGUGUGCGGCGAGGUGGACUGUCCAACUCCGGAUAUCGUCGUUGGAAUGCUAUUCUGGAUAGGCUACUUUAAUUCCGCUCUCAACCCUUUGAUAUAUGCCUACUUUAAUCGAGACUUUAGAGAAGCGUUUAAGGACACAUUGCUCUGCACGCUGCCCUGCUGCUUCGGCUGUUGGAAGAAUCCACCCCGAUAUCUCUAGCCCGAGGAUAAGCCCACGUACAGAGAUGAACAACUGUAGAAGCAAAAUGUUCAUAAAAAAGCAAUACCUAUAUAAGAGAGACCAAGAUUGUGUUCUGCAUGUUUUUUAUGUUGUAUAUGAUACCGUAUUAGGCGGAUAUUUUACGUUUCUAAUCAAAGAAGUGAAAAUUAAAUGCGUUCGCAAUAGCUUAGUUGAAAAAAGCUCAGAUUAAGCUUUAGUUUCAGUGUAUCCGUCUCGUAACUUUUUGUUCGUCAACCUUUCACCCGUAUAUUGUAGGUAUCAGGCAGAGGUGUAACUAGGGUAUGGCAUCAAGUGGGGCGCGCUUUUAUGGAGAUAAAAAUGUAUAUUAAAAGACAUUGAGAGUGGGACAUGAUUACUUAUGAGUAACACUUUUAUGUUAAAUAAAAAAAAAAGUCCCGACCCUCUAUCGAUGGACGGUCGGAGUGUUUGCCAUAGGCGCCAUUUACCCACGGUACGCCCCUGGUAUCAGACAGCUGCUUAACUUCUUCCUUCAUUUUCAUCACGUCAGCACAAAUCUCUUGAAUGAGUACGUGUAAAUAUCCGCCUAAUACAACCGCUGACAUAGUGACUGCUUUUGAUAUUCUAUUAGAACUACUAGUGUGCCAUCUUAAGGGUAGCAAAUGUGGGGCGAUUCCUGCACUAAAUCAGUAAUCUUGUGUUCACUACGACCUUUCGUUUAUUAUCAAAAGCAACGACUAAUUUAUAUCCUGAUCAAAAGCUUUUAUAUGGCGAUAGUUUAAAGGUAAUUUUAUCUCAAACGCCCCCAAUAAACCUGCAUUGCUCAUUUAAAAAACAUUUGUAACGAAGAUCUCUCUAGCAAUAACGUUCAAGACUAACCUCAUAGCAAGAGUAGCAACAACAUUUUGUAAUAGCGAAACCAAAAGUAGCACUAAUUGCCUCAAUGUAUUGAGUCAUUGAGCCUAAAACGUGAUUUGCCACAUUUUUAUCGUUCUGUGAUAAUAAUACACAUAGAUGUUUAUAAAAGCUCAGCUGCAUUUAGGAGUACUGCUAUUUUCAGUUUUAGAAACUCUGGUGUGUGAUAUACGGCAUGUGAUUACUUUGUAAUACAAAUAAAUUAUAUUUGUUAAAGGAAUGACGGUUGGAUUAAUAUUAAAGGGAGAGAUUUAUUAUUAAAGACAAAAAAUGCUUUGUAUAAAUAAAUAGUUGUUGAAUGUUGAUCAAAUACCUAUUGAAGAGAAUUUAAUUUGACUUUUUACGUGAACGUCUUCCUUUCAAAUUAAAUGUGCUCAAGCCCUAGAGCUGUAUAUAUACAACGUUAAUUUAAUUUCAUUUUAUACGAAAUUUCGUGCUUUGUUAUUAUAUAACAGAUGUUAUUGUUGUUUUUAUUCUAGUUAUUAUUAUAUAAUUAUCGAUCGGAUAUAUUUUGAUGUUUGUAAAGAAAUAGGCUAAAACUUUGUACAGAGCAAACAAUUAUUAGAUUAACAUUUUAAAAGACAAUCUGAAAAGGGCCUAUUU